AUGAAUUCAUCAUCAUCAACAUCAGCUGCUGUAUCAAUGGAUCUAUUUCAUGGUAUUGAUCUAGAUGACACAGAAGGAUUAUUUCAAACAAUACUUGAAGAAUAUGAUUCAAAUGAUACAAAUUUAAUAUCAUCAAUAUCGACAUCAACAAAUUGUUCCAAUUAUCAGGAAAAUAAAAAUAAAAACUUUCAACGUGCCGGUCGAAUAAUGAAUAAAUCAGCAUCGAUAAAAAUAAAUGGUAAACGAAAUAAACAACAAAAUCAUCAAUCUACAUCAACAUAUCCAAUCAUUGUUUAUCCAAUGACUAAUGAACAGCAACAACAACAACAACAACAACAACAAUCAUCGACUAUAGUGAUGUCAAAUGGUGGUGGUGGUUGUGGUACAAAACGUAAACGACAACAACAACAACGUCAAAUUAAAAAUGAAAAUGAUUGGAAUCAACAACAACAAACGAAUGGAAGUGAAUUAAUACAAGCUCAACAGGAAUCAACAACAAUCGUACAAUGGGCAACAUCGACGACAAAAAAAUCUAAACGAUCUAUAAAUCAACAACAACAACAACACCAACAGAUUGCUGAUGGCCAUUCAUCAUCAUCAUCAUCUUCGUCAUCUUCAUCGUCUAGUCAUUUGAAUGAUAAUUUAUUAUUGAAACAUGAUAAUACUGCUGCUGGUGGUGGUGGUGGUGGCGGCGGUACAUCAUUGCUUAAAUCAUCCACUACAAUCGGAACAACCGGUAAUUCAAUACACAAUACACGUUCAUCAACAAUGCAGCAGAAUCAACAACAAUUAAAUAAUAACAAUAAUAACCGUGGUUCACGAACCAUCGAUACAGAAAUAACCGAUGAAGAACGGCGAUUAUUGGUCAAAGAAGGUCAUCCAACAUUUCCAUCGGAUGCACGAUCGUUGACAAAAUUGGAGGAAAAAAUUUUGCGUAAAAUACGACGUAAAAUUCGUAAUAAACGUUCAGCACAAAGUUCUAGACAAAGGAAAAAAGAAUAUCUUGAAGAUCUUGAACGAAGAUAUGCAGAAUCAAUACAGGUUGCUGAACAUUAUAAAUCUGAAUGUUUACGUUUACGUAAAGAAAGAAUGAAUUAUCUUAAACGAUUUCAUCAGCUUGUAAUGUUUCGAAUUAAUGAACAAUGUCAACAGCAGCAGCAGCAGCAGCAAAAGCAGCAGCCACAACAAGAUCAAAAACAAUUGAAAACUACUAAUAAUAAUGAUCAACAAUUAUCAUCAUCGUUCAAUAGCCAAUUAUUAUCACCAUCAUCAUCAUCAUCAAUGGCUGUAGCGGCUACAAUUACUGUACAGACAACAACAACAACAACAGCAGCAGCAUCGAAUAAUAAUACCGAUACAAUGCUGAUUGAUCCAUUAUUAUCACCAGAUAAUCAGAAUUGA